CAGUUUACUGACCUUCUUUUAGCGGCCUCGUCCUCCUGCUGUCGGGGACACGGAAUCGUUUUGUAGAGGGGGGCUGCCAGAAUAUUUUUUUCCAUAUUUCUGUGUUACUAGUCAUACCAUGCCCGGCGUCGUUAAUAUUCCGACAUUAGCAGAGUUGAAUGUCGAGGAGGUACGUGUGUCGUCGGCCGUACUCAAGGCAGCGGCGCAUCAUUAUGGCUCACAGUGUGACAAGGUCAACAAGGAGUUCAUGCUGUGCAGAUGGGAAGAGAAGGACCCUAGGAACUGUCUGAACGAGGGGAAAAAAGUCAACGAGUGUGCACUUAACUUCUUCAGGCAGAUUAAGGGGAACUGUGCUGAGUCAUUCACCGAAUACUGGACAUGCCUGGACUAUUCCAACUUGGCUGAACUUCGUCGCUGCCGUAAGCAGCAGAAGGCGUUUGAUAACUGCGUGCUGGAGAAGCUGGGCUGGGAGAGGCCUGAACUGGGGGACCUGUCCAAGGUGACCAAGGUAGCUACCUCUCGGCCCUUGCCCGAGAACCCCUACCACUCGAGACCCAGGCCAGAGCCCAACCCCAUCAUUGAGGGCCCACUGGAGCCUGCCAAACAUGGCAGCCGCAUGUUUUUCUGGAGCUGGUGAAGAGGGACUUUCAACUUCCCCCUUGAAGCCCUCCAUGAUAGCCACUUCCUCCCCCUCAGACAUUUCCGGAUCUCAUUGGACAGUUGGAUACAUAGUGUAUCAGCCACAAUGUUGAAAUCUUAGAAGUCAACAAAGCUUAUUGAUGUGUUAAUUAAAUGGAUUUAAUUUAAACUGUG